UUCUUUUUUCUUUUUUUCAGUCGAGGGGGCGUGUCCUCUCCCAGCAGGACCAGAGAGCUGCAGCUGCUCGUCCUUCAUCAGAUCACUGUAAACACCGGUUGGAGUCGCGCGCUCGUUCACCCGCAGCUGAUCACCAAACCAACAUGUUCUGCAGACGUGCGUGGCUGAGGCUCGCGCCUCUGGCUCAGAGGGUUUUCAAACCCGCGUUCAUGAACGCACCCCCCGUGCGCCGCAUGGCCUUUGGCGUCCCCGGAGGAUCCACCAACGUGGCGUACUUUGUUCUGUGUGGCGGGGGCCUCACGGCUGCAGUCGUCUAUGCCUACAAGACGGUCAACGAUGACAGUGAACGCUACGAGGACAGACUCGCCAACAUGAGCUCCAAGACGGCACUUUCAUCUGAGGCAGUGCCAGAGGAGUCGGUUCCUGCAGCAGAACCUGCCUCGGUGGAGUCUGCUCCAGCACCAGAACUCGCCUCAGAAGAGUCGACUCCCGCACCAGAACCUGCAUCGGUGGAGUCGACUCCUGCAGCAGAACCUGUUCCUGCAGAAGAAGAGACAGAAGUUGCAUCAGUCGCCGAGUCUGUCGCUGCAGCGCCAGAGCCAGUAGCAGAAAUCUCUGCUGACCCGGUCACAGAAGCUCCAUCCGAGGAGGUUCUGGUGUCUGAGGCUGUCGUGGAGGAGGCUGCUGCCCCUGUGGAGGACGAGGUGGCCCUCAACGCCCCUGCUGAGAUCUCUGAAGCUCCUGCAGCAGAGAGCACUGGUACGGCAGCAGUAGAUGAAGUCAUCCCUGCUCCUCCUGCAGCUGCAGAGACUGAGCAGACGGCUGCAGUGAUGUCAGCAUGAAGCUCAACUGUUCCCUGUAGUUCACCCAGAUACAAGCGCUAGGACUUAGAUGUGUUGUUCUGUCGCAAGUGCAGAAAAAAGGACUCAUGAACUCCUUUCUCUAGGUUUUUGUAAAGGGAAUAAUUUCAACUCCUAGUAGCUGUAAGGAAAAAAGUUCAUGAGUUCAGUUUUCAAAAGUUUUUCUAUGCAUUCACACAAAAUAGUUUUGAGUUUAAUUGAAAUCUUUUCUUUUUUUUACAAUUUGGGAAUAAACAAUUUAAAAAAAACUGAAUUUUAUUAGCAAAAAUAUUUUAGUAAAAUCUGGCAUUUUUUUUAUUUAGAUUCCCAAACUAAAGAUUUUGAAGUGAAUUUUAAUCAAAAACCA